AUGGCGAACACACCUUUCCUGCUAGAAACCAGGUUCACUUUCAACCCUUCGCUCCAACAGACGUUCCGUUUGCCCCCACUUCGGUCUUUCCCAAUCAAAUUGUCGUCUGGCAAUAAUAAUGUUUUCAAGUUGAACUACUCUCCUUACAAGGUGAUCAGGUAUUCCUCGAAACUGAGAAUUAAAUGUUUCUUUAUGAGCCCUAAGCCCAAAGGGGAAUAUGGCAUUGGUGGAAAUCCAUGCCGAGAGGAUAACGAUAUUAAAGCGGUUGCUAAUGAAGUGUUUUGGAGAUCAAUAAAAAAUAUCCAGAAGGCCUUACAACUUCCCGUCGUAACGGGGGUUUUAUUGGGAUUGUUAAUUUUGUACAAUCGUCAACAUGGCUGCGUUGCUUUGGCUGCUUCCGGUGGGCGAACGGGUGGGAGCUCAUUUUCUUCUUCGUCUAGGCCGACCUCGUCAGAUUCUUCUUAUUGGUCUUCUUCAUCUACACAGCCAUCUUCGUCAGAUUCUUCUUAUUCUUCGUCUACAUGGCCGUCAUCCUCAGAUUAUUCUAAUCGGUCUUCUUCUUUUACAAGGCCGAAGUCGUCAGAUUCUUCCUAUUCGUCGUCUACAAGGCCUUCGUCAGAUUAUUCUUAUUCGUCUAAACGGCAGAAAACGUCAGAUACUUAUUAUUCGUCUUCAACGUCUGUUGAAGGUGGUUGUAGUAGGCCAGAGGUUGGAGUUGAUGAUAUUCCAAUAUUCUUGUUCUUUUUGAUAAUGAUUUUGCUUGUUGUAUAUUCGGCGAUGGGCAACUCAAACGGAUGGAAGAUCCUCAAGGUCACCUUCUCCGCCUGCCGAGAAAACAAGUGUUCUCAAGCUGCAGAGACAACACUAGCUCUACUUCGACAUCCUGAUUAUUGCAUCUCUGGUUAUUCAUUUGUGGAUGAAAAGUGGAGCAUAGAGGAAGUUGAGAAAAUAUUUAAUCAAUUUUCUAUUGAAGAAAGGGGUAAAUUUGAUGAAGAGACUCUAGUCAAUGUCAACAACAUCAGAAAGCAAAGUGCAAGAAGUAAAAGAUCUAAUGGAUUCCGUAACGAGUAUAUUGUGAUUACAAUCAUUGUGGCGGCCGGUGGCGAACAUAAACUGCCGCCUAUAAACAGUAGUGCACAAUUAAAAGAAGCAUUGCAAAAGAUAGCAUCUAUCCCUUCAAGCAGAAUUAUGGCAGUGGAGGUGUUAUGGACCCCACAAAUGGAAAAUGAUACUCUUACACAACAAGAAUAUAUUGAAGAUUAUUGGAUGUUGCAUCCUCUGUAG